UUUUCCGGGAAAGUGUCGGUGGUGUUAUAAGCUCCUCAGAAAGAAAGAAAGAAAGAGCAGAGCAACCAAAGUCUGCUCUUGACUGACGUUAGACCUUCCAUUCGGAGCCUCUCACUCUUUGGUGCUCUGCUUUCUAAAGCUUGAGCUCUCACCAUUUGCCUCUCCCUUCAUCUCCGUAGACUGAGAGAGCCCUGAGAUAAGACAGGAUCUAGAGAGAGAGAGAGAGAGAGAGAGAGAGAGAGAGCAAUGGGUGUAGAUUUGAGGCAAGUGGUGGCUGGAAUUCUGACCAUAACCAUGUUUGUAAUGCUGGGUCAGAUGAUCAAAAGAGACCAUUUUGAUUCCGUCGAAGAAAAACUUCCGGGAGCAUCAGAUGAUGCCCGUUUUGACGAUAGCAAGUUAGAAGCAAAGUCGCUGGUUUCCCUGUCUAGAAGGAAUAAGGGUCCUUGGAAAGAAGAAAGCCAAGAGUUGAAACAAUGCUGGAGGAGACCUACUUCAGACUUAGUGGAGGACUCGAAGGGCUUCGUCACUUUCUCAUUGACCAAUGGUCCCGAAUUCCAUAUCUCCCAGAUUGCAGCCGCAGUGGUAGUAGCAAAAUAUUUAGGUGCAACUCUAGUACUCCCUGACAUCAGAGGAAGCAAACCAGGGGAUCGGAGGAGCUUUGGAGAGAUAUAUGAUGUUGAUAAGUUUGUAAGAAGCCUGGAUGGAAUUGUCAGAGUAGCAAAAGAACCACCUUCUGGUAUAUCCGCACGGAAUCUUGCAGUUGUCAAGGUCCCAAAUACAGUGACAGAAGAGUACAUUGUCGAUCAUGUUGAACCUAAAUUUAAGUCAAAGCGUAACAUAAGACUGGCAACUUACUUCUCCUCAGUAAACAUGAAAAAGCCAAGUCAAAAGAGUGACCUUGAUUCUACAUCAUGUUUGGCUAUGUUUGGGACUUUGGAGUUGCAGCCAGAGGUACACGAAGUCGUUGACUCAAUGGUUGAGCGUCUAAGAACAUUGAGUCGGAAAUCUGAUGGUCAGUUCUUAGCCGUGGACCUAAGGGUAGACAUGUUGGAAAAGAAGAAUUGCCAAGGGACAAAAAGUUGUUUUGGUGCCCAAGAGAUUUCGGAGUUUCUGCAGAAGAUUGGUAUUGACAAGGAUACUACAAUCUAUUUAACUGAAUCAAGGUGGGACAGCAGCCUUAAUGCUUUGAAGAAGUUUUUUCCCAAAACUUACACCAAGGAAGGGAUAAUGCCUGUGGACAAGAAGUCAAAGUUCCUUGAUGCAGAAGAUUCAGCAUAUGAGAAAGUCAUCGACUACUACAUAUGUUCUCAAAGUGACAUUUUUGUACCCGCGAUCUCAGGCUUGUUUUAUGCCAAUGUAGCCGGUAACAGGAUUGCAUCUGGAAGGACUCAAAUACUUGUUCCAGCCAACAUUGAGGGUUCGUCUGCAUCAGCCGCCAAUUAUAUCUCCACCUAUGUUUCGAAGAAGAACCAUCUGGCUUAUUCAUGUUUUUGCUAGGUCCCUGUGAAAAAAGAAGCCACAAGACAGAAUGAAGCCUUCAGACAUGGUCUAUUUGUGCGUGUGCCUCAUCAUUUUUUCUAUAAGCAGACAGAAUGAUUGGUUAUACUAUAUGGUCCCCUACAAUUGUACCAAGAAACCCUUCUGAAGUUUUUG